AUGGAUAAUCCAUGCGUCCUGGCAUCCCCCAAGCUCGAUUCCCCGCUCCUGACAUCUCUCGAGCUGGACUCUCCAUUCGCCCGUCGUCGCCCCAACAUCUACCGCCAUGCCACUCACAACCCCCUCCCUCCUCUCCAUGCCUUCCCUUCCCUUCACUCCCUCUCUCUCUUCAUCCAUACCUCAAAAUUAAAGCCACCCACUCGCCGCUCCUUCCUCACCUCCCUCACUCACUGCUCCUCCCUCACCUCCCUCACUCUCUGGAACCCCGCACCCCCCACUCUCUCCUCCCUCGCCUCCUCCUCCUCCUCUCUCACCCCCACCUUCAAAUCCCUCACCCCCCACUCCGCAAAGCUCCAGUCUUUCCUCUCCUCCCUUUGCCGCUUCCCCACCCUCACCCCUCUCUCCUUCCUCUCCUACUCCAUUGAUCCCUUUGAGCUUCACACUCUCUCUUGCUCCCUCCACACUCUCACCCACCUUACCGUCCAUGAUUGUCCCUUAGGACGCGUCACAAUUGCAACACCAGAUGAGGAUCUGGACCACACAACGAAAUCCUCCCAGGGCUUCCAUUCCCUCCUCCACCUCUCCGCACCCCGCUUGAACGCUCUUGACCUCUCUAGGCUACCAUCCUUUCGCCCGGGUAUGCUGGUGCGUGUGGUGCAGAGGGGAGGAGAGGGAGGGGAGGGAGGAGAGGUAGGACGAGAGGAAGGAGGGGAGGGUGGAGAGGAUUUUCACUUCACCCGCACCACUCCCGAGCCUACAUGGCUGCCUCCCUCCCUUCCCUCUGCAUCACCUCUUAUGCGCCUCGCUUCCGCUCGCUCAGCCCCCUCUCCACUUGCCUCUUCUCCCUCCUUGUCCCGCUCCUCUUCCCGCCUCACUCCUGCUAUCGUGUCAACCAUUUCAAGCCUGAGCGCGCAGCCACAGUUGUUUGAAUCCGUGGCACUCGCUGCUGUUUUCGGGCGGCUGAAGCGCCUCUCUCUGGUGUCGUGCUUCUGUCUGAAGGAGGAGCAGCUGGUGAUGCUACUGCAUGUGUGCCCCCUGUUGUUGGCUCUAACAGUUGAACGCAACGAGGGCUUUUCGGACCGGGUGGUCGCAAGAAUAAAUUUGCAGAUGCUCACGCAUCUGACUAAGCUCGAGUGUGAUGCGAUCAGUGCAGAUGGGAUUGGAGGGCUGCUGGGAAGCUUCCCGAAUUGA